UAUUAUAAUAUAAAUAUUUCAAGUUGGUACCAUUGGUUUUAAUGACAUUCAGAUAACACUUUUUGCGUUAUCAGUAGCACGUUUUUGUACACGAAAAUUAAAAGAUUUAAAUUUGAACUUCAUGCCAAUCAUUUUACCAAAACGAUUCUUUCCAACUAAUCCGUAAUAUUAAUAAUUUAUUCUGAGUGUUGACCUCAACCUAAACGUGUCCACAAAAUUAAACUUUCGCAAACCGACGUUUCGACUGUAAUAAAAAUGGACAAACCGAGUGUAUACGAUUUCGGUAUCGACGACGAUUCGGUUCCUCCGAUAGAACGAUCCGUUGACAUAACUGAAAAUGUUCCACCGACUGUCGUUCAACGAUACUUUGAAUCUCGGUACGCCACGAACGUCAACGACAAACCCAAUCAGGACUACAGUGUGUUAAUUCAUUCCAACAAUCUGUGCAUCUUAUCGCUGGCAUCCACGCAUGUUUUGAUGGGCAAGACCAUCGACAAAAUAGAUUUCCAAGUGUCUGGGAACACUGAUCGCCUCAGCAAUAAUAUGACGGGAAAAGGAAAACGAGGAGCUCAAAUUGUGCAGGCAGGGUCAACUCUGUGUAAGGUUCAUUGUUCCGACGGCGAAGAGCACAAAAUACUGUCGGCCAUUCCAGGCAAAUUAGUACAAAUGAACAGUAAACUAGCAGAUACUCCGAAUAUCAUGUUGGACAAACCAGACGAUCUUGGAUUUAUAGCGAUAGUGUUACCACAAAAACAGAGGUUUGAAAAAAUCAGAGACGGACUGUUGACCAAAGAACAAUACACUAAUAGAAAUUCUACAGUUUGACUGAAAUAUAAAAGAAUUGUUGUUUUUUUUUUACUAUUGUUAUAAAUAAAUAAAUUUCUUCAACCUAAACUUAGGAUUAUAA